AUGGAACUGCGGGCUUCGCAUGCUCUAGAGGCGUUUAGAACGGAUCUGAGCGUGCGGCUGGAGCGGGAGAAGCUGAGACUGAGACGGGAGGCGAAGCAUGCUUUAGAGAGGUAUGAGAUUGAGCUGGAUAUUAAGGUGGAAAGAGGUGGAGUCUUGAGAGUGGACCUGCAGAUUAGCAACUUCGGGGAAAGUUCCUCGGAGCUCCCGAGGUUGACACUGGGGGGCCCAGGGGGGGAGGGGGAGGGGGCGGGGCUGGCGGGGGACUGGAUGGGGCGCGGGGGGGCGAAGCCGGGGCAGAGACGGUCGCGGAAUCGCAACAGCCAGAAGGCGGCCCGGCAGCCGAAUGACGUGGCGGAUUAUUACUCCGAGUGGAGCGAGUCAGGAUCGGAGCUGGAGCUAGCGGAUAGGGAGUUCAGGGCAGGGGGCGGCAGGAAGGGGAUAGACAACGGAGACGAGCUCUUGAUGAGGAAGGCGUGCCCUUCAGUGAGCGGGCAUCUAUGGUGGAGCAAGCGAAGCUGUUUGCAGCGGAGCAGCAGAAGUACCUCAAGGAGCGCCAGGCUUCUCUUCUCUCUUGACGACUCUCCUACAGCUCGUGACAUGGACGCACGGGGUGACUUGAGGGCUGAAGGAAGGGUGGAGGGGAGGAUGGCGCGGGAUAUGGAGGGGAGGGAAGGGCGAGAGGUGGAGGGCCGAGGGGGGAGGGAAGCGGGAGGGAGAGCAACGGCAGCGGGUCAUCGGCUGUCAAAGCUGCAAGAUGAAUCGGGUGUUGGGAGCGGCAGCGGCAGAGAGCAGGCGUCUCGGCAAAGAGGAGCGUACAGUGGCUCUGCUCAGCAUCAGCAGGGCCGCCGCUCCUCAAUGGACCUUAGCUCGCGACUUCCCGCAGCAUGCGACUCGACGGGCGACACCUCUCUGUCAGGCAACGGUGCUGCUAGGCCCGCCAGCACGACGACGAUGGCGGUGAUGGGCCCCUCGUGGCCGCAUUCCGAUUCGUCGUUCGACUCGUCGCAACACUGGCUGGCGAAUCCUAGCGAUUCGCAGAACGUACCCCCGGCGACGCCCGAUUUUCAUCGCCCUCAUCGCUCGCUCGCCUCCCCGCCAAAUGCGGCCAGCGCUCCUGCUGAGACUGACGCGGCUGGUUCCCUUCGGGCGAACCGGCUUCUGAGGAUUCCGCCAGUCGCGCCGCAACGCACGCUUCCCGGAUUAAGCAUCACUCCAAAGAAAGCGAAUAAGAAAGCCCUGGUUCACCGCGGGCCGGAUGGGUCGAUCCCGGUGCAGAUUAACGCGGGAAAUGCGCCGGUUUUCACGGCAGAGAAAGCGCGGAAGCUGCGGGAGAUGCUGAAGGAAUCGGAGACGCAUCACGACACGAUGUACCACUCUGGCAUCGCAUCUAGACUCGCGCAAUAG